AUGGGUCUUGGCAACUCAGUUAUAUCACGUGUUUGAUUAGCCAUUACUUAUGUUAAAAACGGGGCGCGACUUCAUUGAUCAAGACGCCAUAACUCCAUAACUCCAUAACUCCAUUCCCAUAUUGUUGAUGUCCUAUUCCACACUAUAACCUUUGGCCUUUAGGUACCAGGUUACCAGAAGGUUGCCAGAACUCAAUUCCUGGGUGAGACACAUUUCCAUCGAUUAAGCCCACAGCUCCAUGAUUAAAACAUCAUAUCCCGCAAACGCCGAACCAAUAUCAUAUCCUUUGCCUGAAUUGUCACUCUCUUCGCAUAAAUAGCGAGAAGGUUUAUCACUAUAACUGUUAGUAUGUCCCUAUCACUAUGUUUAAACAUCAUACUCUCAAAUUCUCGAAUGAGGAAGCAUUCAGCAGCUUCCUGAAGAGCUAGGAUAGCAGAUUGCUGGAAGCGAAGAUUGGACUUGAAGUCUUCUGCAAUUUCCCUAACAAGACGUUGGAAUGGGAGCUUUGGGAUAAUUAGGCUAGUAUUGAGUUGCUGUCUUCUGAUAUCGCGGAGAGCCUUGGUGCCUAUAUGUUUAUUAGAGAGUUCUGGUAAUCCUCUGGUAAUCCUCUGGUAAUCCUCUGGUAAUCCUCUUACCAGACUUUGCGCGGCGCGUGGCCUUCUGAGCAUGAUUGUUGCUAGCUUGAGAUGAGCGAACUGGAGCUUUUCUUGCUGUGCCCACGGCCUUUUCCUUUCCCUUUCCACCAAGCCCAGAGCCAGCUCGUAAUCCAAGUGGCAUCCUUGGUGCUGUGCCACUAGUUGAUCUCCUAGCAGUUUGCUUGGUACGAGCCAUUUGCUAAUAUCAAGGUGAGUUAGUGAAGUAAACACAAGACAAAGAAGUAGAUCAAAAGAUAUGUGUACUUACAGUGAGUUUGUAGGAAGAAUAUUGCAGAAGAAGAGUAUAGAAAAGAGGUAGAGGUUGAAAGGUAUGUGUUUUAUAUGAAGGUGCAUGUUGUGGUGUUGCUUUUGGAACAAUAAUUCUUUGUAGGUGAAUAUUCCUUCACGAAUAUUUUUAUUUGCAACUUUAAAAUAACCACGACCUUAGAACCACCUUCCUUGGUUACUCCCUCCAAUCUACACAUUCUUCUUCCCUUUUGCGCCUUCACCUCUUCACUAGGACUUCAAGUAAGUUUAUUAUCUUGAUUCUAUAGCCAGAACUUCUGGCGAUCUUCUGCUAAUCACGUGUUUAGUAUGGCGAAACGCAAGGCACCUGAAGAACUCUCCACUAAUGUGAAUACUAUCAAAGCUCACCACCGCGUCUCCAACCUUACUGAAUAUGAGAAGGCUGUUCACUUAGCACUCAAGGCUGACCAUGCUGAUCUGAGCUACUACUUAAAGAAGUUAUAUAAGUCUGCAAAGUAUAUCGCUGCCUCUACUGAAGACAAGACAUGUCUACAGAAUGAAUUGAAGGUUGAGCGUAUUCGUGUUCGGACUGAGAAGGGUACCCAUGCAUCUUGCAUUGCGAAUCAGAAAGUCAAGAAUAUUAGCGCCUCUUCUUCUCCACAAGCCCCACCAUCUACUCCGCCCAAACAACUUCUGUCUGAGCUUGCUGCAUUUGAGGCGCGAGAUAUUUUAAAUGACGAGGCUGUUCUACCGGAUGAGCUUUCCGAUGAAGAGAUCACUAGCACCCAGGCUCUCUUAACUCAAGCGCACAUUGAUGCCCAUGAAGAGUCCAAUUUCCGCAAGUGGCAACAUUUCUGGGAUAGCUGUAUCCACUCAUAUACGAGAAAGGCUGGAAAGCUGAGAAAGAAGCCUGAGCGUCUCUUUGAGUAUAUGCCGUGGGUUGAUGUAGAGGAAGGCUUCAAAGAGGCGUUCUUACUUGUCUACUCUAAGAAGUUUGAUAAGGAAAAGUGGGCUAAGGUAUCAGCUGCACAGGAUAUGUUGUUCCUGGAGCUAGAGUAG